UUUCGACUGCAAUCUGUAUUUCGUUCGUACUAGUAUAAUAAGGUCGUCGUGAUAUUAGAUUUAUAUUAAUACACAAGUUCUUAGAUUUCGAUUAAUACACAAGUUCGUAGUUUUGUUUAAAGUAUAAUUGCUACUUGCUCCUAGUUCCAUCUGUGAGAGUUUUCAUGGCGAAACUAAGCGUCCGCUUUCAUAUACAUGACCAUGCAACUCAGAAAGGGUUUGUUCAGACUCACGAGAUAUGGACUAAAGACAACCCUAAACACCAGAUAAAGUACCAUUCCUCGCAGCUGACUGAUUCGUUAGUGUGUGUGAGCAUGUCUAAUGAGAUACGGAGAACCAUUGCCAGUCUUACACAGAGCAGUAAGGAUAUCUCCAACCAGACACGCGCUGCAAACAGAGGUCCCUUACUCCUGACAGGGACUACUAAGAUAUUCGGCAAGUCUCUGACACAAGGAAGCUACUUGAAGAGCAUGUCACAACCAGCCACCCGACAAUUUAAAAGGCACGAUAGAAACUAUCUCUGUACCUCAGCACCUGCCAAACAGGAUCCGGGAGAACUGGACUUGAGACUGAGUCCCGUUAACUUUAGGAAGAGAUAUGAGGAGGAGGAGGCUGUUGCAGUUAAUGAUACUUCUAAUCUGGUAGUACCGGUGAAAAAGGAGCACGAUUUUAGACUGCCCUACAGAGAGUGCCUUACAAAGAACAAGUCACCAGCUGUCCACAUACUGGAGGUGGAGUGCCUGAUCUGCGGGCAGCUGGGUUCUAUUUACAGACACAGAGCUGACAAAGCAAACUGCGGGAGAUGUGGGAACAGUUUAGCGAUGAAGUUAGACAACAAGCUGGAGUAUCAGUUCAAGAUAACGAAACAGGUAUCAGAACAGGAGGUGCUGGACAAGAUGAGGAAACACAACGACAGAGCCAUGAGAAGGCUCUUGUAGAUGAGGAGAAGAGGUUAAGAGACUUGGUGACUCAGUGGCGUAACUGACUAUUGAGCACAGGACCUUUGAUGGUUGGUUUGCUUUCCAGAGAUUAUGUCCAUUUUUGCAAAAAUCUGUUAUAUUCAACAGUGAGAAUUUGUUACGAUUAUUGGGCACAAAACUGAGCAAUUUAACAGAAAAACAUGAUUUAAUGUUCACAUUUUAGUAAUAAAAAUUUUAGUAAUAACUUAUUUUAAUCAGAACAAAA